AUGAGAAGAAAAUUAUUAUUAGUCACUUUAAUUAUUGUAAUUGCAAGAAACAUUAAAUGUGCAAGCGUUGAUGUGUGCAGCAACCAUAUUGAUGGAAAAUGUGAUUACAAAUCAUCUACAGAUUUACAAGGAAAAAGUUCUCCUGAAAUAACAGUAAUCAAUCGCUCAACAGAAUCGUUCAAAUCGGCAGAAAGCGAUGCAUUGAAAGAAACAACUAUUAAUGUUUCAGAAUUAAAUACCAAGAAAUUGUAUAAUGAAGUGUCUAGUCCAAGUUUGACAGUUGAUAAAUCUGAAAAUAAAAGUGAUAAAACAAGUGAAUUUUUCACAAAGUUGAAUUUGACUGAUAAAGAUUCAGAAAUCUAUAGCUCAACAGUUUUUUCAACAACAAUUACCCAUAAGCAAAAGGAUGUAUUGGAAACAAUUACAGAAGAAGCAACAGAAACUAUGUUCACAGAAGAAACAACAACCCCUAUUUCACAAGAUUCAACUAUUCAAACGACCACCACCGAUGAAAAUCCUAUAAUGAAUGAGUGCAAACUUAAUAAUACAUCUCAUGAAAUAAGCGAUUUAAACGAAUUGACUGUAUCAUGGGAGUUAAAUGAUUCAUCAUCAUGUAAUUCUUCAACUGUAAACUUAAUUUUGAUCAAUCAAAAUUGCUUAGAGCUUUCAUGUAAUGAAGAAAAACGAAUUGAAGCCGAUCGUCUAAACUUUACCUUUUUAAAAAAUUUAACUCCAUGUAUAAGUUACUCUUACCAAAUUCAAAUUGUCAACUCAUCGGAUCUAAUAAGCAUGAAAAUAUCUGAGAUUUUAAAAUAUCAAAAACCAAAGGAGCCAGCACUUAUAAACAUCACUGACACAACUGUAACAUUGAAAGUAAUUUUAAAUGAUCCAGAGAGUGAAUGCAAAGAUAUCUUUUAUGAAGUUGAAUGCAAAUCAAACGAAAGUGGAAGUAUUUCUAAAAAUAGUACUACAGAUAUUGUUUUGAUUGAAAAUCUAGAACCACGUCAAAAUUUUUCAUGUUCAGCAAGAGUUAAACAUGGAGAAACGGAUUGGUCCCAAUAUAGUGAAGCUUCAAUUUUCACAACCAAUGCUACAGAUUGUAAUCUUCGCAAUGCUACUUACGAGAUAAAAGAUGAAACCAAUAAUCUUACAAUAUUUUGGGAAACAAAUGGUUCUGAAAUGUGCGAUACAGCAAUUGUGAGCAUAACACUUACAAAUAAAAAUUGCAUUGUGAAUUGUAAUCAACUAUUUGAAGUCAAAGCUGAUAAUCUAAAAUAUAAUUUUUUGGAGUCUCUAACUCCAUGUGCAACUUAUUUUUAUGAAAUUCAAAUAAUCAAUUCUACUACACCGUCAAAAUUUAACAAAACAUUUGACGCUUAUAAAAAGUAUGCGGAGAUUAAAAAUCUUACUAUAACAGAUGAAGAAGAAAUUGAAAAUAGUUCAAAAACUUUAAACAUGGUUAUUACAUGGGAAUAUGAAAAUAAUGAGUGUAAGGAAAAUUUCGAAGUUUUGGCUCGUGGACAAAACAACAACUAUCAAAGUACAAUUCAAGGAUAUACGAAUACAUUUAAAAAUUUACAAGCUUGCGAAGAAUUUAACGUUACUAUUUACAUCAAAGAUAAUCAAAAUAUUAUUACUUCUGCCAUACAUACUAUGAAAAGAAUAAUUCCAUCAGAAAUACGAAAUUUGCUUCUUAGUCAGGAAGAUGAUAAAACUUCAAUUAAUGUUGCGUGGAUGGCACCCGAAUAUGGGGCGAAAUGUAUUGACCGUUACAUGAUCUACGUAAAAAAUGAUUUUGAAUACGAAUUUAUUCGAAACACCACUUCUAAUGUUUAUUUACUAUCUGAUGUAUAUGCUUGCGUUAACUAUACUAUAAUGGUUAGUAUCAGUACAUCAGAAAUUGACGAUGAAAAUUCAGAAACAACGUUAUUUUCAACAACCAGUACAAUCAAGACUACAACAUUUUCUGUGUCUAUUUCGCCUGCUAUAGAAUAUAUAUCUGAAUCAUCAAUAAAUAGUUCUAUAAAAACAGAACCAAGACAAUUUGUUCAAACUCAAAAUCUUCAACUUAAUAAACAAACUGACAAAUCAUUAAGCUUUACUGUGGUUCCAUCAAAUGACCCUAAAAAUAAGUGUCCUAUUGUAAAAUAUUAUGUAGAAUGCACAUCCACUGAAACUGGUAAUAAAACAGAGAGUGCUUCGAACACAUCAAAUAUAGUAGAAGUCGACAAAUUAGAACCUUUCCACAACUACUCAUGUAAAGCAUCAAUUGAAAAUGAAAACCAAGUAAAAUCAAUUUGGAGUUACAAUACAACUUUUAUGACCAAAGAAGGAGUUCCAAAUGCUCCGAAUGUUGAAAUUGCUCAAGGAACCGUUACUUCAACUUCAUUUACAAUUAAAUGGAAAGAACCAACUAGCCCAAAAGGAAUAAUCAAACAGUAUCAUGUUUAUAUAAGGUUUGAGAAAUUUAAAUACGAUAACCCAUCUUAUUGUACAGAGUCUGUAACUGGUGAGAAUAAAACUAUUUUGGUUGAAAAUCUUGUUCAUCUAUCAUACACCUUUAAAACCGGACUACCAAGUUCAUCUUAUACCGUUCAUAUUCGUGCAUCAAAUCAAGCUUUUGAUGGAGAUUUUUCGAGUUCUAAAAGCGAAACCACUAAAGCGGGUCCUUCGGACAUACUCGAAGAGUUCAAUGUUCAUCAUAAUGAAAUACGGCUCUACGAAGCCUAUAAUAAGACAAUUUUUAUUGAUUUUAAUUACCCAUGCAGAGCAAAUGGAGAAAUACAAGAAUUUGUAGUUGAAUUCAAAUCAAGUAAAAAUACAUUCAACAAAACAAUUCCUUAUGACAAAAAUGAAAAAGAGGAUGCAAAGUAUAACUUUAAUCUCAAAAUCGAUGAAUUAGAACCUGAUAUAUUUUACACCAUUUAUGGAUAUGCUAAUGAAAAAAGUGGCAUUAAAGGAAAAGAAUACAUCUAUAGAGAUUUCAAACUAAAUGCUGGAAUUCCAGAAUUAAAUGAAGACAUUGAAGUUACAUCUGAAUCGACAACUACCUCGAUAUACAUUUCAAUUUCCGACAACUUAUUCGAUUCAAAUGUGGGGAAAAUUACUCAUGCCAGAAUUUUCAUCCUUCAAUGGAACUGCACAGAUAUGUCUUAUAAACAAGGUUUCAAUCACCAAGAUGACCAACACAAAAAUAUAUUUUGGGAAGAAGCUAUGAGUAAAAAAUGCAUACCUGAAUAUGAUACAGGAAUAACACUAUUUAAUGAUAGAGAUAAAAAGCAAGUAGAAGGGAUCGGUACUGAGUCAUAUUGUGAACCAAACUCCCGUUGUAAUGGGAGAUUGCAACCUGGAACAAUUUAUGGUGUGACCUUCAAAUUAUAUACGGAAACAGGAUAUGCAAAUACAGCAUACUUUAAGAUUGCCACAAAUAAGGAAGUUCCUAUUGUUGCUAUUUCCAUAAUUAUUUUAUCAAUAUUAUGUCUGGUAUUUUUAAUUGGUUUCUAUAUUUCGUGUCGUCGAACGCAAGAAUUAAGGAAAUCGGCUCUUGAUUCACCAUACGAUCGAAAGGAUAUAUCAGUACAGAAUUUUUUGGCGUACCAUAUCGUAAUGUCAAAGAGUGAUAAUGAAAAGAUAAAAGAAGAAUAUAAAGCUAUUCAAUACUUUUCUGAAAACUUAGAUAGAACUUUUAUAGCAUCAAGGGCAAAUGAAAAAUUAAAUCGAUAUUCAAAUAUCUGUCCAUAUGAUUCAACACGAGUGGUGCUGAAUGAUGAUGAGUUUGAAAAUGACUAUAUUAAUGCAUCAUAUAUAAAUGGGUAUUACUACCCAAAAGAGUAUAUAGCUGCGCAGGGACCAAAACCAGAUACUGUUUUAGACUUUUGGAGAAUGAUUUUACAGCAUCGAAUAGAGUCAAUUGUGAUGUUAACAUCAUUAGUAGAAAACAAUAAAGUUAAAUGUCAUGAAUAUUUCCCAAGAUUGAAUGGGCAUUUAAAAAGUGCUAACAUCACAAUAACAUGUGCAAAGGAACAAAAUUUUCCAUCCUACAUAAAAAGAGUAUUAAUUGUGGAAAAGAACGAUAUGAAACUAAGUGUGAAUCAUUAUUACUUCUGUAAAUGGCCUGAUCAUGAAUGUCCAAGCAAUGCUUUAGAUUUAAUUGAAUUUGUGAAAGUUAUUCGGAAUGAGAGACAAAAAUCUGGAGAAACUUUUGUUGUCCAUUGCAGUGCGGGUGUUGGAAGAACUGGUACUUUCAUAGCAGUUGAUAUCAUGAUGCAAAGAAUAAAAAAAGAGGCAAAAAUUAAUAUAUUCGAUUUAGUGAAGCAAUUGCGCUCACAAAGAAUGAAAAUGGUUCAGGGUGAAGAGCAGUAUUCUUUCUUAUAUAAAGCUGCUCUGGAAUUAAUCAACAUGUCAAGAAGGACUAAUGUACUUCAAAAUCUUCGGGAUACAGUAUUGAAGUUUAUAGAUGAACUUGAAAUUCCUGAAAGCUUGAAGCGUCGUGAUAAUCACACAAACGAACUAGCAAAUGUCACAAAAAAGGAUGAAAAGGAAACUGUUUUGUGA